AUGAGUGGCCGAGUCAGAUCAAGAUCCAAAUCUAAACACAGAAAAGCUGACCCAGGGUCUAAACAGCAUGUGGGUAUGCAGCAACCCACGGAUGAGAAACCAAAACAAAAGGAGGCACCACCUGAGAGCCAGGAUAUGAAACCUGAACCUGGGAAGGAAGUGGAGGGAGCACCUGUGGCUCAAGGACCAGACCUAGAAGCUGAUCUCCAGGAGCUUCCUCGGGCAAAAUCUGGGUGUAUAACUGAAGAUGACCCUGAUGUCAAGGGGAGAAAUCUGCCCUUUUUAGAGUCCGUUAAAAUGCCGGAAGCAGGUGAAGGACAGCCCCAGAUUUAAACAAGAACAAGCUGGAACAUGCAAACUACUCUUAUGUGGGGGUACUUCUCUGUUGAAAUUCUCUCAAUAAAG